AUGCAGAUUAAAUUUCUUUCUGUUGGUUUAAUCGCUCUUGCUGCCACUUUGGUUGCUGCUGAUACUGUCAAAGUCUCUGAUACCAACGUAGGAGCUCACAACACUGGCUCUUGUCUCCUCAACAAUCUCAAGGUCGAGGAUGUACUUAACAAUCUCAAUGUCAAUGUGGCCUCCAAGAAGCGCAGUGUCUUGUCCCGCAGAAAGGUUGCUCGCACCGUCAGCCACAUGCAUCAUCACCGCCAUAAUCGUCGUAGCGAGAAUGAGCGUGAUGAAGAAGAAGAGGAUGAGGACGAGGCCGAUGAAAACGAAAACGAGCGUGAUGAAGAAGAAGAGGACGAAAACGAAAAUGAAGCUGAUGAAGAAGAGGCUGAUGAGAAUGAAGUCGAUGAAAGCAGUGCUAGCAAAGCCAUGCGUCGUCGUGAAUGGGAGCAAGAUGAGGACGAGGAUGAGGACGAGGUUGAUGAACAAACUGUCUCCAAAUUAUCAAAGCGUGAUCUUGCCAGCGGUUUGCUUGGUGGCGGAGGCUUGUUGGGUUCAGGUUGUGAAGCGAAUACUGCUGGUACUGCAUCAUCUAGUGGUGGACUUACUGACGGGCUCACUGACGCUCUCAUUUAA